AGAUGGCAAGAAAUCAUAAUCGCAAUCGUACGCAUGCGUGCAGUCAUAUGUAUAAUUAUUCAAGCUCAGUGCUCAGGUUAUGAAUUGUGAAGUAAAGUGUUGUUUACGGACGCUAAAUUCGUUAUCGAUGCUCUGAUCGUGCAAACGAUUGCAAAUUCUGUUUCGCAGAAUCCUGCUCGGGACGAUCUCUAUAUAAAUGGCAUGUAGAUUGAGCGUUUAAGAUAUAUAAGCGCCACAACUGGUAGCUUCUCUUCGAGAUACGUGAUGGCUUCCAACGACGGUAUUGCGCCACCUGCUGCUGUAACAGGAUUCCCAUCGGCAACGACAAAUAUCGCAUCUAGCUUUGUACCACCCAUUAUGCCUGCGGCACCCUUCAUUCCUCCUCCUAGUCUACCGCCAGGUCCUCCAGGUAUAAUGCCGCCUCAGUUUUCCAUACCUCCGCCAGGUUUUACUUUUCCUAUCACCGCUGCACCUUCUCCAGAAGCUGGAGUUAUAGCUGCAUCGCCACAGAUAACAGCACCAGGAAUUCCUCCUCCUUCACCUAUCAUCAACGACACUACUUCGACGAUGUCCACAUCAGAGAAGAAGACCGAUUGGAGUGAACACAAAGCACCGGAUGGCAGAACAUAUUACUACAAUAGUAUUACAAAGCAGUCAUUGUGGGAAAAACCAGAUGAAUUGAAAACCCCGAGCGAAUUGUUGCUGUCUCAAUGUCCUUGGAAGGAAUAUAAAUCGGAAAACGGCAAAAUAUAUUAUCAUAAUGUAACCACCAAGGAAUCCAGAUGGACAAUACCGCCAGAGCUAGAGGAGCUGAAAACUCGAAUCAUGGCCGAGGAAGCUGCAGCGGCCGCCGCGGCCGCUGUAGCAAACGCCACAAAUUCCAAUAUGGUUCCUGUAGCCAUGCAACACUUAUCACCAAAUAUCACGACUAUAUCACAGACCAGUACGCCAGAACCAGGUGGAAAGUCUGCUAUCGAGCAAGCGAUGGCUGCGACCCUCGCGGCAAUUAAUAUUCCGACACCGCCUACAAAGCCGGACGAGGAUAGUAAUUCCGCGAUGGGCUCGGCUAACGACAGUCGAACCAGCACGCCCGAGCCAAAGAUGCAAUUUAAAGAUAAAAAGGAAGCAAUUGAGGCAUUUAAAGAAUUAUUGAGGGAAAGGGACGUUCCGUCGAAUGCCACGUGGGAGCAGGCGGUUAAAUUGAUUCAGAAUGAUCCUAGAUAUCCACAGAUGAAAAAAUUAAAUGAACGUAAACAAGUCUUCAAUUCUUACAAGACACAAAAGCUAAAGGAAGAGCGCGAACAGGAGAGACUCAGAUUGAAAAAGGCGAAGGAGGAUCUGGAGCAAUUUUUAUUGGAAAAUGACAGAAUGAUGAGUACAACCAAGUAUUACAAAUGCGAGGAGCUAUUCGGUAAUCUGGAGCUUUGGAGGGCAGUCGGAGAUUCGGAUCGCCGAGACAUUUAUGAGGAUGUCAUCUUCAAUCUAGCAAAACGCGAGAAAGAGGAGGCGAAACAAUUAAAGAAAAGGAAUACCAAAAGACUAGCGCAAGUUCUAGAUACUAUGACCGAGGUGACGUACAGAACUACAUGGCAAGAAGCGCAAGCAUUGUUGCUGCAACAUCCUGCAUUUGCAGAAGACGCGGACCUAUUAGAGAUGGACAAGGAGGAUGCCUUGAUUGUAUUCGAAAAUCAUAUUCGUCAAUUGGAGAAGGACGAAGAAGAAGAGAAAGAGUGUGAGAAAAAACGUAGGAAACGGCAAGAAAGGAAAAAUAGAGAUGGCUUCAUAUAUCUACUUGAUGAACUUCACGAACAAGGUAAACUCACAUCAAUGUCUCUAUGGGUAGAGUUGUAUCCCAUGCUGUCCGCUGAUCUUCGAUUUUCGGCUAUGCUCGGACAAUCGGGUUCGACCCCAUUAGAUCUUUUCAAAUUCUAUGUGGAAGACUUGAAGUCACGAUUCCAUGACGAAAAGAAGAUCAUCCGUGAGAUACUUAAAGACAAGAAUUUCGAAGUGCAAGUCAAUACGACUUUCGAAGAAUUCGCCACAGUCGUGUGUGAAGAUCGAAAGUCAGCCACUCUAGACGCGGGUAACGUUAAAUUAACAUAUAAUCUAUUGUUGGAAAAAGCAGAAGCGCGCGAGAAGGAACGCGUCAAAGAAGAAACGCGAAAGUUUAAGAAAUUAGAGACCGGUUUCAAAAAUUUACUCAAGACGUUGAAUGUGGACUAUCAAAUGACGUGGGAAGAUGUGAGGACGAAAAUCGAAGAAGAACAAGAUUUCAAGGCAAUCACUUUGGAAAGCGAAAGAAUACGCAUAUUCAAGGAAUAUCAGCAUGAACUUGAGGAGAGCUGCAGUCAUCAUCAUAUUAGAAGCAAGAAGAAAAAGGCGAAAAAAUUGAAACGUAAAUCGCGAUCACGUUCACACAGCGAAUCGGAAGGUAGUGACAAAGUCUUGAAGAGAAAGCGACAUAAGUCACGUUCACCCAGUAUUCCUAGUAAGUCUGACAGUUCCGAAUCGGAAACGAGGAAAUCUAAGAGAAAGAAGAACAAACGGAAGAGAGGUCGUAGUCAUUCUCGCUCUCACUCGAGACUUGCAUCUUCCGAGGAGGCUUCUCCAGAAAGAAAACGGAAAGAGGAAAAACACAGAAGGCCCUCAGUUCACAGUGAGGGAUCUGUUACGGAAAAUAAUGAGCAUCAUGAACUUUCCGAAGAUGAGCUAGAAAAACAACGGGCGCAACUCUUGCGUGAGCUUCAAAUGCAACAAGAGGAAAACUAAAAAAAACUGCAUCAAAUCUUGUGUUUCAAGAGAAAGAAGGAGGGAGAAAGAAAGAGUAAUAAUUUUUUCGUUUUUUUUUGCACUUGAUGAUGAUGAUUGAUGAUUAUCUUUUCUGAUUAUAUCGUCGAUAAUAUAAUCAGGGAAUGUAUGUUCUCCUUACUAUAUGGACGUCUUCGUUAUUUCGAAAAAUGACAGUAUAUUAAUAUAGAACAGUCAAGAAUUUAGUAAACAUUGGAAUAAUGAGUCAUGUUUGUUUCUAAAAAUUCACAAAUCUGAAAUACGCAUCUACAUAUAUACAUGUAUGACGAGAACGUCUGCAUAAAAAUAGAUUACAUUA